AUGAGAGCAAGCCAAGGAAUUUUGGACACGCGAGUAGUGAUCGACCGAUACAUGCCAACAGUGGAACGGUCCUUGGCAGAUUUUACAAGAUGAAAGAGCUGUAUGUCAAGCUCAUGGAUCUCAUGGCCAGCGAGAGAUAUAAGGACUACAGGUCUGAUCAAGGUCAGUUGCGAUCAGUCUGCUCUUGAUUGUCCCCGGCACAACCAUUGAUCGUUCUAUUCAGGCGCCUUCAAUAUGCUACUUGGCGACGGCUAUCUCAAGGUCGACCCUUACUUCCGAUUGUUCUGGGCUUCAGCGACCGACACUGAGAACGUCCAAUUCAUGAACACCAUUCACCCUCCUGGUCCUUCAUACCCCACUUUUGACAACACUACACCGUUUGAGCUUUACCCCACAUUGGUUCACCACACUGUCACGGGCGAAGUCCCCGUGGCGGUCCACUUGAACGAUUAUUGGCACAAGCAUUAUAUAGAAGAAUGGUAUGGCAGACUUUGGUGGACUUCGGAGCGAAAACGAUUCUGGCCAAUCGUAAGGGAACGGAUGGAGAAAGGCACCAUCAAGUUUGCAACCGAAGAAGGCAUUACAGAGGAAAGCGCCAGGAGCGUUUGUCCUAAUCUGCCGAUUUGGAAGAAGGAGAUUCCAAUACAUUCAAAAAGGUCAUUCGGUUGUCGUGUACGAUCACAACAACUUCCACGACGAAGUCCAUGGCUCUGUUCUAUGGACUCUGACUCAAUUCACCGGUCUCAACGUCCAAUUUUACCGACCUAAAUGGAGAUAUGGAUUCGAAGAGACGAUCAAACCUUUCUGGCCAGAGCUACCGAAAGAUCCUGCAGGGUUCAUCGAUGAUCUGAAUAAGGAUCAUUCUAUCCGACACGUCGUU